AUGGCGGCGCCACUCCAGCAUGACCAAAAUCUCUCAGACGACAUCCAACCUCUUCUCGAUGCGUAUCCCCAAGUUCUAGCCCGCAAGAUGAAAGACGCUGUAAACUAUGUCUCUCAGCUCAAGACCCAAGGAGAACGAGUUAAUUUAAAUAAAAUGAUGCUCGCCAGCGGAAUCAACUCCCGCGAAGUUGCCACCUCGUGGCCAAACCCCGAAUGCCGUCGUAUCGUCAACGAGUUCAACACCGACACCAUCGACACCAUCGACGUUUUGAUCACGACAUUCGCGGCGCUCCGUAUCCCUGGUGGCCCCAGCUUCCACCCGGGGGCAUGCCACCGAGGCAUCAUGCUCGAGACUCCAGAUACCUUGGAGCAGCACUUUGAGACAAGGAAAGUUUUGCUGCGCGGUAACGGGCCAUUCGCCUGGAAGGUCCAGUACGUUCCUGGGUCACUCGACUCGUGGCGCGAUCUAGCCAUGGCGAAACGGGCGGUGGAGCAGGACCAAAACUCGUAUCCUGAACUAAAUGGUUUUGUUCAUCAGCAACGCAUGGUCCUUUUCUACGACGUUGCUUAUCUGAUGGGGAAAGAUGAGAGCCAGUAUCCAAGAGACCGCGUCCACUGGAGCAAAUUGGAAGCCAAAGAGAUCAAGCGCGAAGGUCUUUUUUACUUCGCCCUCGGCAAAUUCCUCCAUGAAAACCGCGCCGCUGCUAGCAAGCUUUCCGACCGACACAUGAUGAGUAGGAUCGCCAAGAGCUAG